GGGAAAGCGCGGCUCUCGUGCCGCUCUGGGCUCAGCCAGUGAGCGACCGGAGGUGUGGUAGAGGGAAAGAGCCCACCGCGUACUUAAGGACGCGCCAGCCGCCGGGCCUGGCCUCCUUCGCACCUGCGUUUGCAGCCCGGCAUAGCCGGGCGUUGUGGGUAGAGCGGCCACCGGCUGCAUCAUGGUGGCCCCUUGUUCCACCAGCCCGGCGAGCCCUGCCACCGGGGUGGGGAGGCGGGACGACGACCAGAACCUCCGCGCUCCGGUGAAGAAGAGCAGACGCCCGCGCCUCCGAAAGAAACAGCCGUUGCAGCCCCUGAACCCGUGCUCGCUCCUCGGAGACUCUGGAGUUUGCGACCUGUUCGAGUCCCCCAGCUCCGGCUCGGACUGCGCAGACAGCCCCACGACGUUGGCGGCGCGGGGCUGCAGCCCCCUGCCCGGCCCUGCCCAGCCCUUAGUGCAGCUAGAUCUACAGAACUUCCGCGACUACGGCCAGAGCUGCUACGCCUUCCGCAAGGCUCAGGAGAGCCACUUCCACCCGCGGGAGUCGCUGGCGCGGCAGCCACAAGUGACGGCGGAAUCCCGCUGUAAGCUGCUUAGUUGGCUGAUCCCCGUGCACCGCCAAUUCGGUCUCUCCUUCGAGUCGCUGUGCCUGACGGUGAACACUCUGGACCGCUUCCUCACCACUACGCCAGUGGCUGCAGACUGCUUCCAGCUGCUCGGGGUCACCUCGCUCCUCAUCGCUUGCAAACAGGUGGAGGUGCACCCGCCGCGCGUGAAGCAGCUCCUGGCCCUGUGCUGUGGCGCCUUCUCCCGGCAGCAGCUCUGCAACCUCGAGUGCAUCGUGCUGCACAAGCUGCACUUCAGCUUAGGCGCUCCCACCAUCAGCUUCUUCCUCGAGCAUUUCACGCACGCUCGCGUGGAGGCGGGGCAGCUUGAGGUCUCUGAAGCCCUGGAAGCGCAAGCCCUGGCGCAAGGGGUGGCGGAGCUGAGUCUGGCCGACUAUGCUUUCACCAGCUAUGCCCCCUCCCUGCUGGCCAUCUGCUGCCUGGCGCUGGCUGAUCGCAUGCUGCGGCUCCCGCGCGCGGUGGACCUGCGCCUGGGAGAGCACCCGGAGGCGGCGCUGCAGGACUGCCUGGGCAAGCUGCAGCUGUUGGUGGCCAUAAACAGUACCUCCCUGACUCACAUGCUGCCCCUCCAAAUCUGUGAGAAGUGCAGCCUGUCCCCGAGCUUGAAAUAAAACAGGCCCUUGGUCUCCUUUUAUUCCCGGGCCCAGCUGCUGGACCUCCUAUUGCUUUAGAAGA